AUGUCCCUGAAUACUGGUACCAGCGGUCUCACAGGUGUCGCCAACCUUCUCCCGCGCGAGAGCACGGACACAGCAUCCGUCGAUAAUAUUCAAUCGACCGUCACAGGUCAAACAGAACCACUCUUCCAGACAGCGGAUAAACUCAGUGAACCUUUAAUGCCCGGUGAAUUCCCUUCGGAUGAGUCCUCUCAAAAAGAAUCCGUUAAUAACGAAAUAACUUAUUCGACUCUGCUUCGAUUAUUUACGGGCUGGAUCUCGGGUGCAUUCCCUCGUGCCGUGGACUGGUUUGAAGAUACCAUCAGGCAUUUCGUCCACUGGUUCCUGCCGCCGCCCCAGCAGAUCGAAAUAUACGAGGCUGCACUGAAGCGUCCUAUUGCGUCGACGUUUAUUGUCAGCCAGCUCAUCUGCUGCGGAGUGCCCUUACUGGUAUUAUUGGCUGUGGUAGUCCCCGUCGCCGCUGUCGCUCUCCUUCUGUGGUUCAUAUUAUCACUGCUCAUCGGCGGCCCGAUCCUGUUGAUAGCGAGUAUGAUGGGUGUCUCCCUCUGGGGUUGGGAAUGGAUAACCUAUGGAUUCAUCAAGUUCAUCGACCAACGAUAUCUGGGCGGCAUGCUCGCACGUUUCUGGUUGCCGCAAGGACAGACUCAGACCGAGAACGAAAAACACCAAGAAGGGGUCCAGACACACCAAGAAGGGGUCCAGACCCCGGAAGUGAAAAGCGAUAAGUAA